AUGUUGCAUUUGUUGUUUUCUUAUAGAGAUGAUCCCGAGCUUGAAAAAUCGUUGAAGGAGAGGAUAAGAUGGGGUGAUCCUAUGGCACAUCUAGUAAAGAAGAAAUAUCCUGAGCCGGUUCUUCCAAACUUGGGGGAUAGUGAUAAAAUGAAGGCAUCUGGUUUUGUUGUCCCUCAAGAUAUUCCUGAUCACAGCUGGUUGAAGAGGGGUUUAGAUGCUGCUCCAAAUCGCUAUGGGAUUAGGCCGGGACGACAUUGGGAUGGUGUUGAUCGUAGUAAUGGGUUUGAGAAGGGAAUGUUCAAGAGAACAAAUGAGAGACAAGCUAAAGACAAAGAGGCUUAUCUUUGGUCUGUCUCUGAUAUGUGA